AUGGACCCGACAGAAGCCAAGCCGACGAUCCAGCCCUUCACGGGGCGGAUCGGAGGCAACCAGACGCUGGUGGUGGACCGACACGACCCGGACAAUGCGGCCCUGUUGAAGCGGGUGCCCGACGCGGCCCCGAUGAUGAGCAUCAAGGAAGGGUUGAAACCCGGGGGGUUCGGGGAGUUCGAUCUGUGGAAGUUCGGCUUCAUCGAAUGCGUUGGAACAAUGCUCAACGUCUUCAUAACAGCCUGGGCCUCCAUCAAGCCCAGCAGCAACACCAGCACCAGCACCAGCACAACACCCGCCGGCGUCUACGCAACAGCCACCUUCCUCGGCCCAACAAUCGGCAGCCUGAUCAACUGGCUCACCCUCACCCUGUGCAUCUUCACCUUCUCCAACGUGACCGGCAGCCACCUCAACCCGACCAUCACGCUGGCCACCUUCUUCGCGCGACUGAUCACCCUCCCGCGCGCCGUCAUCUACCUGGCCGCGCAGACCCUGGGCGGCACCCUCGCCGGCCUGAUGCUGCGCGCCGGCUACGGGUCCCGCGAUUUCGCGGUGGGCGGGUGCGCCGUCAACACGUCCCUGGUCCCCGUGCGCGAGGCUUUCCUCCUCGAGUUCGUGUUCUGUCUGCUGCUGGUGUUCUGGUCGUUCGGGGUCGGACUGGAUCCCCGCCAGGGGCGGCUGUUCGGCGCCGCGCUGUCGCCGUUUCUCGUGGGCAUGGCGCUCGGCACGGUUAGUUGGGCGUCGGCGUUUUCGCGGGAGGGGUUCGGGGGUGCUGGGCUGAAUCCCGCGAGGUGUCUGGGGGUGUAUGUCGCUACAGGGUUUCCGGGGUAUCAUUGGAUCCAUUGGGUUGCUGCGCUCGCUGCUGCGGUGGGGCAUGGGGUGGUGUAUUUCUGUGUGCCGCCGUGGAGUGCGUCGGAUGUUCGAGUUUGAGGGUUUGUAUCUCGGAAGAUGAUAUACUGGACUAAACCGCUUCGGUGGUUGGGUGGGAGCCACGCACGCUGAUUAAUUCUACGAGGGUCAGGGUCAAUGCUUGCCUAUGCCCAUGGCCUCUUGCACGCUC